AUGACGCGCCUGGUGCCCAACAGUCACAUGGGGUGGCACUGCCGCGGCUGGGCCGCCGAGGAGUACGGAGCCAUGGCCAAGGGCGCCGUCAAGGCCACCGCCGACGACGACAAGGAGCAUAAGGUGACGUUCCUCUACCGCUACAUCGACUGCAUCCGGCGCGGGCACUUCCGGAUGGGCGACAUGCGCAAGCUCUACAUGGAGGCGCGCCAGCUCGAGAAGGACAUUCGCCCGCUGGGCCUGCGCCACCACUCGGAGGAGAAGGCGACGGUGAAGCACCUCAUGAAGUCCACCCCGGCCAGCGAGGACCACCGCGUGUGCAAGAAGGGCCUCGUCAACGUCUCCUACUCGUCCGAGGAGGAGUACCAGCGCAAGGUGGCCGCGAUGGAGCUCGAGGCGCAGCUCCGAGGCCGGGAUCUGAUCCUGCACAAGGACAUGCCCAGGGGAGUAGAGGAGUUCGUCUCACCGGGUGCGUUCUACAAGGUGCUCCGCUGCAGCCGGUGCAAGACCGCCAAGAACGUUUGUGCGUGCCAAAAGCAGAACUGGCCCACGCACAAGAAGAACUGCAAGGCGCCCGCGAAGCCAGCUGCGCCCUGA